UCGCCCACCACUAGUGCUAAAAAAAACAUUCGAAAGCGAAAAUUUUAAACAAAACGCGAAAAUACGAGAUAUAAUCCAACGCAAAACACUGUUGGGAGGCGCAAGAUGAAGGAGAACAACAAGAUCCUCCAGCUCAUCUAUGUGGCGUGGCGCGAGCGCUGGUCGGACUCCCAGUGGGGCAUCAACAUAAAAAAGGUGCUACCGAGGGGAGUCAGCGGGGAUGUGUACAACCUGGCAGACUGUCUUAUGCAGCAGGCACUUAUUGGCUCCACAGCGAAUCCGUUGGUUUUGAACUACCUGAAGCAUUCGCUAUGCACUCAUCUCGUCUCCCAUGCUGCCGUUCUGCGCUGCAUUGCCAAAUAUGACAAGCUGGAGCGGGUCUAUUGCAUCACCGCACUUCUGGAGUUUCUAGCCACCAUUGUGGACGGCGUGACCUGUCGAAUCAAAUCCGAAGAGGCUGUGCUGCCAGGAGCUGUGGUUCACCUGGUCUACUGGCUGCUACAUUUUGCCCGAACCGUGCAGCACUACGAGCUCUAUGGGGAAAUCAGUGCCGAGCAGUCAUACAUGCUGGACCAGAUCUGCCUGGUCAUCGAUCGCCUCAGCCAGCAACAGUUUCUGCUCUCUAUGCUAUAUGUAGGCUGCCACGAGGAGCUCGAGGUACGCGGUCGAAUAAGGGACAAGUAUGCCAGCGUCAAGGGAUCGCUCACCAACUCCAACUUCACACUGAAUGCACCUGCCGUCGAGCAGCAGCUACAGCAGUUGGCAUAUAUCGAGGCCAAACACUUACCAAUGCAGACACUGAAUCCACCGCCGACGCUGGAGAAGACCUCUUGUUGUGUACAACCUCUACUGGCGGUCGAGGUGCUCUUGAAUCCCUGCAAGGAUACCAGCUACUAUGUGGCUGAGUUACAGAUGCUGCAACGAUUGAAGCGCUACUCCAACACAAGGCUUUUUUACGAGAUCAUCCGUGCGGGAUUUCUAACGUUGAGCAACGUGGCUGACACAAGUCCGGAUACCGUGUGGGGUGCCUUCAUGUUCUUUAAGAUGCCGCACAUCAUCAAGCAGCUGCACGCCCUACAGCGUAUGCCCGGAGAACAGCCACCGCCAGCGGAUUACAUACCCGAGCUGGUAGAGGCCUUGGAGCUGCUAAUUGAGGACAACCUGCUGCUAGACUUUAUGGACACCAAGUGCUCGUGCAACAUGAUCGAGUUCCUGCUAAACGAUUGGACCAAACAGCAGUUGGUCAAUGACGUACACGUCAAGAAGUUCGCCAGCCAGAGGGAAGACGCCUCGCAGCUCCUCAAAAAGUGUGACAAUGUCCAGCAGACACCCUCCAACAUUAACUUCAUUAAGCGUGCAGAGGUGCCCCUUUCCGGGGUCCUGAAAACCCUGUGCACCAACAAGGUGCAGGAUAUGGUGAACGUGCUCUGCCAGGUACCGGUGGGCAACAGUUUCGAGCUAAUUCUUUCGGUGGCCACCGUCGAGGGGCGGCUCAAGACCUUUGUUUCUCGCCUAAUUCAGUGCAAUGAGAACUCUAAGCCAGUGCCCGGUGAGCUGGGCAAGCUGUGCGUCAUCCGGUCCACUCUAUUCGACGUGUCCUUUCUGAUGUUGACCAGUAUUGUCCAGACCUACGGAUCAGAGGUGGUCCUCUCUGAGCGCGGUGACUCCUUCUUCGAGAAGUGGGUGCGCGAAUGCAUGGUGGAACGCAACAAAUUAAAGAAUCCCCGCCAGAUACUGGCUCUCUGCGAUGACAGCAUCGUCGAUGAGCUUCUCCUUAGCCUAAGCAAACCGGAAGCGGCCCAGCUGAAACCCAGCAACCUGAGUUGGCAGGACACAUGCCUGAAUCUGCCCGGAGUGCUUCACCAUGUACUCAUUGCCUGGGAACAGGAGACGCUCUCCUCGGCAGAUGUCAAAAGUAUUUUGGAUAAUAUUAAGAGGCGGCUGUUUAGUUUCUCCGUGUGCGCCACCAGCUUCCUCUGCGCCUACAUGUACUUAGUGAAGGAAACGGAGCUACUGAAGCCUCUCAACAUGAUCCAGCAGUUCCUGGCGCCGCUAACCAACGAGGAGCUGUCCAGCCAGGAGAAUGCCAAGGAGCGACUAGCACUAUCCUAUCAGAUUAUUCGGAAAAUGCAGCACGACGUCCAUCCCGCAUCCAGCGCUAAAUCUCGCCUGAUUUCACACUCCCCGCUGGUCGAACAGUUCCGCGAGGUGUGGCGCACGGUGGUGGAGGCCGGACACUUGCCAGUUCGCGCGGCCCAGACGUUAGAAUCCCUGCUUUUGGCCGGCGGAGCGGCGUGGCUGGCCACGCAGCUGGUAGAGCAGCUAUUGGCCUGCAAGUAUACGCGGGAUAUGUCACGCACCAUGGAUGUGGUCUUUGCCGUGAUGCACCUGGAUAUCGAGAAGACCACAGAGGCUUUGCUGCAAAGUGUAGUGGCUCCUUUAAUGCUCCGAAGACAGGGCGAGGACAUCAAUGAGCCUCAAUCCCUGGUGCUGGCCCGCCUCUGCGUCUACUGCAUUAUAUCCUGCCUGGAAUCACGCAACGCCAACUCCUCUUCGGCAUUGACAGCCAUGAAGAAACGUACGCGGUCCCAUGAUGAAGAGGAACUGGUCAACAAUGCGGCCAAGGUGCGAAAAGUAAUUGGCGAGGGCAGCGACAAUUCCAGCGAUUUUACGGACACGGCAGCCACAGGCGGGAGCGCAGGUCUGGGAGGAACUCAACUAGGAACCACCGCCGCUUUCACUGGCGAGGUGCGGGCCACACCGCUUACGCUUAGGGAGUCUCUGCAGACAAGCGUUCAGCACAUUUUCGGGGUAUUUGUGCAGUUCGUUAGCGGCGAUGAGCUGUCACCCAAGGCCGUUUUCGUUUACCAGUUCAUUUCGCUGCUUGUGGAGUGCGGCGGUGAGCGAGUUGCCCCUGUGCUGCGGCUCCUGCCCUCCAAUCUUGUGCAACAGCUGCUCAAGGUUCUGGUCACCGACGAUAUACGUGUGGGCCUCAUCAGCCGGCUCUACGAUCUGAGAGUGCCGGGCGGAAGGCAAGCGGCCGUCGCCGAUCUGUGCCUGUGGCGGAACAUGCAGAUGGCCAGGCACAGCAUCCACCUGUGAGGGAUCAAGCAGGAGGGAUGUGCCGAUAAUUAAGAUUAAGAGACGGGGCGGGCGAAAUUGCUAAAUGAAAUUGUAUUAAAAACUAGACAUUUUUGACUCGA